AUUGUUCGAAAGCUAAAUUCUUUAUAUUUUUUCACAAUUUUCUCUCAAGUAUGACCAAAGUCUCAUGUUACUGAAUAAUACUGAUUUAAAUACUCUGUUUUUAGGCCUCCAAAAGGAUCACUAUCAGAGCUGAGAGCCUUCAAAGCAACAAUACAUGUCAGCAGGGAAAUGAUGGAGUUGUGUGAUGUCAUAAAUCAAUGUGGAGAAAGAUUAUUUUCUGAAAAAGAAAAACCUGAUGAUCCUAGGAUGGUGAUCAGUUUUGGGGAAUUGUUUGCUAUCUACACAGCAAUUUCGGACAAAGUUGUUGGUAUUCUCCUAAGGGCUAGAAAAUACAAAUUUGUAGACUUUGAAGGUGAAUGCUUAUUCCAAAGAAGGGAUGAUCAUGUACCAAUCAUCCUACUGAGGCCAAUCAAGGAAAUCAGGCAGAUUCUAAAUGACAGGAUCAAUGAAGCUAUGAAGGCUAUUAAAGAAAGUGAAGCGGGAGAAAAUUUCAGCUAACAUCUAUAGACUGCGUCCAGCAAGUUAUGAUGGAUUGAGCAGUCUGAACCAGUAAACAUUCUAGGAAUGGUACUCAGUACAAGACUAAACUGAUGGACAUCGCACAUUGAUUAUUUAUAUCCUAGACUGUCUACACAAUUAUAUGUCCUUAGGCAGCUUAGCAGAUGCUUCGAUAACCAUACUUUGCGGGUAAUUUAUUUUAGCACGUUCAAUAGUAUAUAGCAAAAUGCUCAGCAGCAUCUAGCAAAACUUUCAUUUUACAAAAUACGGUUGUAAAGAUUAGAUACCAUUUCCAGUUAUAUAGAAACCACACAAAAUAAAGCAUUACCACUGCCUUUACAGUUCAGAACAAUUUCGUCUCUAAAAAUUAAAUAUAAAAUAAAACCUUGAAUACUCGAGUACUCUUUAAACGGUUUGUUUUUUCUCGAUUGUUUAAAGCUCUCACAUUUUGUCCUAAUUGUAAUUCUAUUAAGUGAGACCUUAAAUCAAUUAUAUAAUUCUAAUUAAACCUUUUUUGCCGACCUCGUAGGACCAACACUGUACUACUACUGCACGAGCCACCAGCUAUCUCCUAGUAGCUAAUACAAUAAAACAGCUCCAGGCAUAAGAUGUGUGUGUGUGUGUGCUAAUAUUGCACAGUGUGUGUGAUAUAGAAAACACAACUUCUAAGGCAAGGAAUUCACUUCCGAUGCAGAGAUCCGUACCCGCGACACCCGGGUUGCUAGCUUGACGCGCUGACCACCGAGCUACCGAGACUCCCUUGGAACGCAAAAACUUUCUAGUUAAUUGAGCUGAAAACCUCAAUUUUGUAAAUGUAUAUUUUUUGUAAUAAAUAGUAUUACUACAUUCUUCCAUCAGUUUAUAUUUUGAAGUCUUAUGAGCUCAGAAAUUUAGACAAAUCUGAAACACCAGCAGAAAUACACCUUUAUGCUCUAGGUAAUGUUAAUUACGUAAUGAAUCCAUACUAGCGCCUGAAUAUGACCAAAAAUAUAUAGGCGAACUCAUCUUCGAUUUUCCAAUGACCUUUGACAAUAUUCAAGUGUCGCAGCAAUUGCCAAAAUCUUCGUUAGCGUCAAGCCGGCAACACCGCUGCCUACCAUCGCCCCAUUCAACCUGAUUGUCAAGCAAUACCGUCAUAAGACAUUGCACCAGGUGUUACCCGCGCCGCUUCGUACGCCUUAAACUGUUAGUAACAUAAACAUUUUAUGCGAUCGCGUAUUGCAUAUUUGAUGGCAUUAGUAAAGUGACAGCCAACUUGCAUGCCUGUGAUAUUUGGUUACUUUAUUAGUCGUGUAACCUACAUGUUCCGCUGGUAAAACCGCGGUGCAGAAGGCUAGCAUUUAAUACGUCUUUAUUUGAAUCAAUAAGCUAUUUCAGAAUCCUUGUCAUGAAGUGCAGAGUCUCAAAAGAGCUUUCAAGCUGUUUCGAGAAUGAUCGGACAGCGACGGCAGUUUUGCAGAUGGUACCGACACACUUUCUGCGGCACCACCACGAGUAUCGCUCCACUGCUUAGUAUUGGCAUUGGUUAAUCUAUUCUGCCUAAAGAUAUAGUCAUCCAUAUACUGUAUUCUAGCAUCUAGAAGGGGAUCCGACAUACCAGUGCCAUAUAUUUAGGAAUCGACGUUGAAAAACACUAAUGUUUGGUUCUGCUAGUGCCUGAUGGAUGGCACUAGGAUCUUCAAUCCCGUUUUGGCACUAUUUUACUUGGGUAUCUUCAGGUAUAAUAAAUUAAUCAAAAUUAGAGAGGCGCUAAAAAGCGAUUGGAGAUCCUACCGUCGUCUAUUAAACAGUAACUUUUUUUAUAAUAAAUUCAUUUUUGUGUUCUACUGAUGUCUCAUGGAUGAUGCCAGUAUCUUUCAGAUCCCUCUUUGGACGCCACAAUACAGCAUAUGGUUCGCUAUCUUUAGGUGGAACAAUCAAUGGUUUUAGUCAAUUAUUUAAGUACAAUACAGAUGCCAAAUUACAAUGAAACAUGUCGUUUGAAAAAGGUAUGCACAUUCAUAUGAUCACAUUACUUUUGCCCUACCUAUCUAUUUACAAGAGCUUUGCGUGAAAAUGAUCUUUACAUACACUAAUGCCCAUUUUACGUCAACAAUUUGUUCACGAAUUUAUUCAGAUGAAUUUCUUUACGGACAUCUUAACACGUUCACGCCGACAAUGCAUGGAGUAAAACACGACUGUAGCCGAUACUUUUUUUCGUUUUUUUAGUGAAAAUGUACAUUGUCUGUAAUAUAAUUUCUAGAAAAUGUGUAAGUGAGCCUUAUUUUGAGUUUUGAAUACCUUUUUCAAUAUGUACCACCGGUGGUACACGACGGCUUUGAUGAUUAUUUUUUUCAUUAUGAGGGAAAUGGUAACUUCAGAACACAAGGGGUGUCAAAGAGGCUAGAAAUGAAGCCAAGCGUGUCUCUACAUCUUGUAAAGAUUGUCAAGACCAAAAGAAACUAUGUCUUCAAUGUUUUAAUGAAAUCCAUAAGUGAAGUUAUGUUACCUACCUAAAUAUAUAAGUGCUUACUUGUACUGUUAGGAAAAAUAUUUUUGCGUUAUUUUUCACUAAUUACUUAGUUUACUUACUUCAUAUGGUUGUGAC